AUGGGGUAACUUUAUACGCAAGCCAUUGCAAAAUUUACAUUACUAGAAUCCCCCUUUCCACGUCCAUGCGAUCACCUGUUGUUUUGUUUUGCGGUGCCAGUUAUCAGACCGCAAACAGAUAACAUUUAAUUGUAGCAAUAUGAGCAGGGCAGGCAACAUAAUGCGUCUGGUGCUGCUGCAGUUGAGGGGUUCUAAGGACAAGGUGGCCAAUGUCCAAAAUGCAGCCAGCAAGAUUGAGGCAGCGGUCAAGGAGCACCAGCCGCGUUUGAUCACUCUACCGGAGUGCUUCAACGCCCCCUACGGCACCAAGUACUUCCGGGAGUACUCAGAGACCAUCCCCGAUGGCUACACCUCACAGCAGCUCUCGAGUCUGGCCAAGAAGCACCAGGUCUACAUCGUGGGAGGAACGAUCCCUGAGUUGGGCGAGAACGAUGCCAUCUACAAUACGUGUACCGUGUGGUCACCAACUGGCGACCUAAUAGCCAAGCAUCGCAAGAUGCAUCUGUUCGACAUCGAUGUAAAGGGCGGCAUUCGCUUCAAGGAAUCGGAGACUCUGUCUGCUGGCAAUGACUUCACCACCAUCGAUGUGGAUGGUCACAAGAUUGGCAUUGGCAUCUGCUACGACAUCCGGUUCGAGGAGAUGGCACGGCUUUACCGCAACGCCGGCUGCGAGAUGAUCAUCUAUCCGGCUGCCUUCAAUAUGACAACGGGUCCUCUUCACUGGGAACUGCUGCAGCGGGCUCGGGCCAACGACAAUCAGCUUUUCGUGGUGACCACAUCGCCAGCUAGGGAUACUAGCGCCGAGUAUGUUGCCUAUGGCCAUUCCAUGGUAGUGGAUCCCUGGGCAAAGGUGCAGCACAGUGCCAGCGACGGCGAGGAGUCUUUAGUGGCGGACGUCGAUUUUUCUCUGGUGGAGCAAGUACGGCAGCAGAUUCCUGUUUUUAGCCAGCGUCGUUUGGAUUUGUAUGCCACUGAAAAGAAAUCCAAGUAGAGGAAUUUAUAAGGGAUAACAUAAUUCCAUUUGAAGGCCCAUGCAUUUAUAAUUGUUGAUUGUUUAUAAAAUUUAUUACACCUAAACACA